GUUGUCUCUUUUCUUUUGGACAAAGUUAGUAUAGGUUCAAAGGUUUCUUUUCUAUUGUCUGCAUCAAUUCCAAAAUCCACAUGAUGACUAAUGGUGAAAAGAAGUUGCAACUCUACUCUUGUUUCAUAAGCCAUCCCUCAUUUAGUGUUCGAAUUGCUCUCAACUUGAAAGGACUUGAUUAUGAAUGCAAAUCCAUUAAUGUGUUCAAAGGAGAGCAGAGCCGUCCUGAGUUUUUAAAAAUCAGCCCUAUGGGGUUUGUGCCUACUCUUUUAGAUGGUGACAUGGUGCUUGCUGAAUCUUCUGCGAUCAUAUUGUACCUUGAUGACAAGUACCCUCAGCAUCCUUUGUUACCUCAUGACCUUAAGAAAAGAGCAAUAAAUUAUCAGGCUGCAAAUAUUAUCUCUUCAACCAUACAACCUACUUUAAGGAUACCUAUUUUGGCUUACAUCAGAGAUAACAUUGGUCCUGACGAAAGGAUUACAUGGGUUCAUAAGCAUAUUGGAAAAGGCUUUGCUGGAAUCCAUACGUGUUUUUAGGUGAUUUUUGAAGUUGCAGGUAAAAGUAGGUAAGUCGGACCGCAGGGCUGUAGUUGUCGUGAGCUAAUAAAAAAGCUAGUAUUUUAAUAGCUUAAAUACUUAUAUGAGAACAUGUAAUUAAGGUCAUCUCCACUGAGAAUAUGUGGUUAACGUUUAACUACGUUGUUUAUA